AUGCGCGACCAAUGCAUCCUCAGCUGGCUCUACAACUCGGUGUCCAAGGAUGUCCGCGCCCUCGUUCGUGUUCCGCGCUCCACUGCCUACACCAUCAGGAACUCCAUCCAUGAGCAGUUCCGCGACAACGAGCUGCAUCACGCCGUCUACCUCGAGGCUGAGUUUUGCAGUCUCGUUCAGGAGGACAUGGACAUCGCCGCCUACACCGGUCGGCUCAAACAGCUUGCCGAUGCUCUGCGCGACCUCAGGCAACCUGUCCGGGAGACGAGCCAGGUGCUCAACAUGCUUCGUGGCCUCAACUCCAAGUUCCGCCACGCCGUUCCGGUCAUCGCCACCGAGAACCCACCUCACACCUUCCUCUCGGCUCGCUCGUACUUACUGUUGGAGGAGAAGUACGACCACGAGCAUGACAAGGCGGCACAGCAUCAGGCUCUUGUCGCAACCGGCGGCGGCACUCACGGCUCCGCUCCCUCCUCCCAAGGCGAUGGCGGUUCCAGCUCCAGCUCGCGGUCCACGCCCCCCACAACCCCACGUUCUGACUCGAAUCGUGGACGUGGCAAGAAGGGCCGUGGGGGCGGCAACGGCCCCCACGGCGGCUAUGGCUCUGGGCAGCCGCCUCGCGCUCCAGGAACGGCUUGGACCCCUGGGUUGAACCCAUGGACCAGCAUGGUCCUGGCCUAG